ACAGUUAGUUCAUCAUAGUGGCAGUGUCGGCACCACUGUGCUCUGCUGCGGCCCACAGUGGACUCUAACUUUAUUUAUCCUGUGUGGUGGAUAGUCCUACUGAUCUAAAUGGAUUAUCAGGCGCCAUCGUAGCAGGAGGCUACUUCGUGAGUAAGACUACGCAGGAUGUUAACACUGGGAUUGGCUGUACACAUUGAAUAUAAACAGAAAACGAGGAGUUGAAGUUAGUGGCGUCUGACAUCUGAGUGAGUUGCCGGCUUAUGUUAUGAUACUAAAGACAAUGUUGCGUCCUAGAGAAGAUAAUAUUGCAUCCUAGAGAAGACAAUGUUGCGUCCUAGAGAAGACAAUGUUGCGUCCUAGAGAAGACAAUGUUGCGUCCUAACGAGCACUGACAAUAGAUCAGUUUAUCCUGAAAGAGAAAGAGGGAGGACGCAAGGAAAUGUGUCAUCAAAGAAAACCAAUGAUGACGCGCCACCAGAUAUUCCUUGCAUUUCUCUAUUUCGUCAUCGUUCUGAUUGUCCUGCCAUUUUUCUGCACUGAAAAGGUGUAUUCCUUGUAUUACCAAGCAGACGAUGCAAAGAACAACCGUACUGAUUUAAUAAAUAAUGAGCAUCGUAAGAAAGGGGUUCGUGAAUACCUAAAACAAAUUGAUCCCAAAGAUUCUCUGUCGUUCCAUAUAUCAAAAGUGUCAGAACCUGUGGAUAAUCUCAUUGUUGUGAUGGCUAAGAGGCCUAAUAAAGUAGAAGAUCUAACAUUAACGCAACUCGUAGCGGAAGUCGAUAGAAAUAUUAGAAACCAAAAAUUGUAUCGCAAUGCCAUGUUGAUCUGCAACACCACUAGGUUACCUUUCCAUGAACUUAAUCAUUUAGCUCAGUUCUAUCCGGUCAGAAUGGCUGUAAAUAACACAAAGUGGAAGCUGUUCAAUAGCGAAGAAGUGAAAAAGCACGACUUUGUCGAGUGCCUGAAACAGGGACUGACCUAUGUGAAUUCCAGAUAUAUAACUUUAAUUAGAGACGUGGUAGUGCCUUACUCUGGGUUCCUGGGUGUUGUCAACCACGUAAUAAACAAAAGAAUCACAAGUUCCUUAGUACAUGGAGAGUUGCUCAAGAAUGACAGACCGUGGCUCUUCCUGCACCUACACGAACCUGUAACCUUCCGCCAGUACCAUCUUUCUUGUGAGUGCGUGAGAGAGAUCCUGCUGUUGACCUGCAGUGGAGCCUUGCUUUUCUAUUUAGCAUUUAGGUGGCUAGAGGGCCCCCUGCAGCGCUCGUAUGUGAGGGUAACCUAUGCCAUGUACGGUGCUCUUUACUUCUUCACCUUCGCACUCGUUAUUGGACGUCCAUACGUCACUGAGCUUCGUCGGAUGGCCGCAGAGUUAUACCGUGUGUAUGAACCACCCAAGCCAAUACACUUCUCGGCCAUGGUUUUACCCAGCAAUAUCUUGCCUGGCCUCCUCGCUCAGUUGAACCUAGUCAGUUGCUCUGUUUAUUCUCCCUUCCAUGAAUUGCUGGAUCAUAUGGUAAACACAAUGGAGCUACCUGGAUAUGUUGUUUCUCCAAGCCUGGUCAGGUACGUCAGUAGAACAUGACCUGAAAUCUUUCCAAGUGAUGCUAAAGUAAUAUAUUUAAGCUGGUCUUGUGUUUCAGUUUAAAAAAAAAGUGAUGGAAUUGUGCUAUUUGCUAUGUUUCUCUUGUAUUAAAUACUUAAAAUAUUUUGGGAUCAUC